ACCAGCGUCACGUGACCAACACGGAAGUCAAUAAACUCGACGGCGACAUGUAACUUUUCAAAACACUAACGCCGCUACGAGCCUUAACUUUUUUAAAAGCACAUUUUAACGUGCUUCGUCCUUGAAAAACGACCUAUUAGCAAACGCUUAUAUGUCCCUUUACGGUUGUUUUUGUUACGUCGCUUUGAGUCAAAGAGUAAAAUGUGGAAAGAAUCGCCUUUAUCGAGCAUCAACGUCGUGCUCGUCAUGGCCUUUGGUAGUCUGGUCUUUGUCUUGCUGUUCAUCUUUGUGAAAAGACAAAUUAUGAGACUAGCCAUGAAAUCUCGACGGGGACCCCACGCUCCCAUCGGACACAAUGCUCCAAAGGAGCUCAGGCAAAAAAUUGAAGCCAAACUGUGCCUAGUCCAGAAAAUCCACUAUGAACCUCGGCUGCUGUCUGCAGAGGAUGAGCGGCUAAAGUCAGGUGGCUGUGAGUACCAGUACAGGAUGCGAGCACUGGAUGCCAUCAGAGACACAGAUUUCCCUUUUUAUGAUCUGGGCGGAUCCUCCAGCGCCGUGACAGGAAAACGAUUCCGAACUUGGCUUCUGCAGCUUAAAACUUCACAUUGCCUCUUCAGGGAUGGCCAGAAGGGUCUAAUUGACACGGUGCUAGACGGCUACAAUAAAGCACGCCACGGGGACCAGGCUUUCGGUGAAGCCGAACUCAGUAAAUAUCAGGAGGCUCUCACUGAACUGGCUUGUGUCGUGAAAAGCCAGAGCACAAGCAGUAGCAAUAGCAGCACUACGAGCCAGCACCACCAGAUCGCCGCCAAGGACUUGACCGCCGCUUCUGCUGAGCCCGCAAGCUCCUCCCCGUCGUCGCGGGCCCAGCUCACGUCGGCGGCCCAGCAGCGCAUCAAGCGGACCCGAAAUCUACUGGAGCUUAAGAACUUUAAGGAUAAGUACAACACACUGGACAGCACUUUGUGAGAUGAGUUGAGUAGCGAGGAGGUGGUGCCACCUAGAGGCUUUUCAUAAUGCUUACAUGAACCGUCCAUUUUCUGUAAGCAGGGGUUCUCAAACUUUUUAGGUCCAGGGAGCUUUUUCUUCCUCAUAAAUGUCGAUUAAAUGUUACUAACGUGUGCCAUUAAAUGCCAAAACAAUUCAAAA